AUGGCUGAUACUGUUAUGCAGGAUGCUGUUAUGCAGGAUACUGUUAUGCAAGAUACUGUCAUGCAAGAUCUUACCACGCAAGAUACUAUCGAGCCAGGCGUCGUGCGAAAAAUAGCCAAGAUGAGAACCCCCAGAAAAACCAGCUCGGAAAUAUCCAUAUACAGCAACGAAUGGAAACCCAGCGAAAAAGUGCUCCUUCUGAACCUCUACACCACCCACCCCGAUGUUUCUCGGCUGGCAAAUGGCGACUUCCACCACCGGGCCGGCACCCUGGCGAGCUUGAUGCGCGACAUGACGGCCGAGUCCGUCAAACAUUACCCCGGAGGCUCGUUGCACGAGACGGAUCCAUGGAUUCCCAGAACGUACACGGAUGGAACGAUUCGAAACGCAGUGGCACGGUAUCUUCUGGAAGAAGAUAACUUGGCGCUUGAGUUGGAGGCCGAGUUGAACGCUCACUAUGGUAUUGUUUCGGACGUCGCAGUGGAAGAGGCCGCACUGAAACGGGCCGCAGCCGAAAGGCGAGCCGAAAGGCGAGCCGAAAGGCGAGCACUGAAAAAUGAGUCCAGAAUGGCGGAGAGAUUAGCGAGAGAAUUGAAGCAGCGGGAGAAAGCUAUACUUCGAGAAGAGAAAGAAAAGAAAUUCCAAGAAGACAGGCGCAAACGUGAACAAGAGCGUAUUAAAAAUGUGAACGAGGCUCUUAGAUUAGCAUUUGCAAAACCUAAAAAGCCUGUUAUCAUUGCCAAGACCGAUGCUUGA